GAUCAAGCUCAAAGUCUUUCAGUCAAAGAUCGUGGAGUUCGAAAAUUUGGUGAUGUGAUUGGAUACAUUACUGGUAGUGAUAAAAGUUUAUAUGAAAUUUUUUUUGUAGAAGUGUCAUAUAGGCUAUUUUAUAAGGAUCCGGAGCCUUAUAUAGAUGAAGAUAAAAUAAAAUUAGGUAAAUUAGGUAAAGAUUCAAUUGACCAUAUUAGUAGGUUAUUAAAUACAGAUGAU